AGCACAACACGGCGCAUUGGCGACGUCAUCAGGCCGCGACGAAUUGUGCGACGAAACGUGGAAAGAGUGAGGAAAGCGAAGUGGGGUUAAGAUAAGAUUCCACGUGAACCGGGGUGAACAUGGCGUUGAUUCAGGAGCCAGAGAUCCAGUUUGCACAGAGACUAGCAUCGAAUGAAAAGCCCACCCGAACCAAGGCUCUUAAGAAGCUGAGAAAAUAUAUAAACGUCAGGUCACAGAAAGAAGCAGAUGGGUUUUCCAGUGAUGAGCUGCUCAAGCUGUGGAAAGGACUUUUUUACUGCUUGUGGAUGCAGGACAAACCUCUGCUCCAGGAGGACCUGUCAAAACAGAUCUCAAACCUUAUCCACAGCUUCCACGAUACUGACAGACAGUUGUUGUACCUGGAGAGUUUCCUGCAGACCUUUAAAAGAGAGUGGACUGGCAUUGACAGGCUGCGGAUGGAUAAGUUCUAUCAGUUGGUUCGCUUCAUGUUCAGACAAACCUUUGAAAUGCUGAAGAGGAAAAACUGGGAUAGCAGUGCUGUUGCCAAGUUUCUGGAGCUGCUGACAGCUCAGCUCCUGCAUAGUAGCAGCGCAGCCCCCAAAGGGCUGCAGUACCACAUCCUGGACCUGUACAUGACAGAACUGGCAGCUGUGGGUUCAGCAGAGCUGACCGCUGAGCAGAACCUGACCUUCAUUGAACCCUUCUGCAAAUCAGCAGCCACAACCAAGGAUUGGACUCUUUUCACCUCCAUCUGCAGCAGCGUAUUCAGCACCAUCAUUGACCAGGCUCCCUUUGCCAUUGAAGACUUGAUGAAGGAGCUGAAAGCAACAGAGGCCUCAGACUUGGGUCUGUCCUCUGAGGAGGAGGAUGAAGAGCAGGGAAACGGGGAAACGAAAAUUAAAACACUCAACGGGGGAGGAAGAGGAAAGAAGAUGAAUGACAAAAGAUCAAAGAGAGAAGAAGACGAUGACCUAGAUGAGGAUGAGGAUGAGGAUGACGAUGCCGACUGCAGUGAGCCUGAAGACGAAGACGUGCCAAGUGAUGACAUUGGACCAGUCUUACAGUUCGACUAUGCAGCCCUGGCCGACAAGCUGUUCAAGUUAUCCAGUCGAAGCAGCACACCGAGCCAUAACAGAAAGAGGCUCUACAAAAUCAUCAAAGUGCUGCGUGACCUCAGUGAAGGCUCCUUCCCCCAAGACGAGUAUCAAGAGGAGGUGUCCACAGAUGAGGACGAUGACAUGUUCGCCACCAGGAAGAGGAUAAAGCCAGGGCGAGGUCACGAUGAUGAGCAAGGGGUGUCAGCAGGUCAGACGAGUAAAGGGAAGAAAAAGGAGAAGAAGCAAAACGAGAACCACGAAAAAUCAGACACAACAGUAGAUGGUGUAAAGAAAGUCAAAAAGAAGAAAGUACAGGAAAAUGCAGAGACUGUGGUUCAAGACGCCAAAGGAGGUCCGGACUGCUCACAAGAUUUCUCACCAACUGAGGCCGAUAUUAAAACUCCCGGCAAGAAGAAAAAGAACCGCCAGAAGGCAACAAGUGGACUGGAGGGGGAAAUGCAGGUUAAUGGCGUGAGUUCAGACAUGGACGCUGCAUCGUUAGUGUGUGAGAAUUCUGCAGAAGAUGCCACAACCAUUACGCUCAAGAACGUGACGGAUGCUGCAAGCCCAGCCAAGAAGAAGAGGAAGAGGAAGGCUAAGAAGAAGAGUCUCGGAGGAGAUGGACUGCCUGAGACCACGGCCGAUCAAACAGAGGCAGAUAUCAUUAGCACAGAGAUCAACUCGGAGGCAGCGCAACACGACGUUUCUGAGCCUCUUAAAAAGACGACAAAGAAAAGGGGCAAGCAGGAAGUGGAAACGGAUCAGACGCCCGAGGAGUCAACCGCUGCAGAUGAGUGUCUUCUAACACCGCUGGUGAAGAAAAGGAAAAAGAAUCUCAAACAAUGUAAGAAAGCUGUGGAAGAGGCGGAAAGCCCUCAAGUGGCAGAGGCUGAGAAAGUGUCUGAGGACACCGUGGCAACACCAGCGAAGAAGAAGAAGAACAAGACGAAGAAUGCUACAAAGCUGCCGACGGCCAAGACGAACGAAAUCAAAUCGGAGGAUGCGGGCAGCACAAGCACAGAGCUCCCACUGGAUGGAAGAGAUGUAGUCCCAGCCUCUGGGAAAGCAGCUAAGAAGAAGAGGAAGAUCCCUGUAGUGUUUGAGUUCGAGGCUGAUGAGCUGGAGGGGGCUUCAGUAAACGGACACGCACAAGUCGAAGAUAAUCCCAAGAAAACCAAACUGGUGAAUGAUGUUGGAGAGAUAUCCACACCUUUGAAAACUAAGAAGGCCCAAAAGAAGGCGAUGAGCGCGCAGAAGUCUGAGUCCAGCUUCAUCACCUUUCAGAGCAAAACCGCUGUCCCUACGCCGCUCUUUUGCAAGACCAAGGAAAGCCCCAGCACACCGCUGUCUGGCAAGAAGAAAGUUCAAACUCCCAAAUCAGAAUCCAAGAAGGUAACCUUCGGUCUCAGAAAUAAUAAAACAGCAGAGUUUAAGAAGUCCGACCGCACCCUGAUGGUGAGUCCGGACGGGUCCUCGCGAGUGCCGUUUGACCCUGAGCAGAAACCCAAGUUUGGGGUCUUGAAGUCUCCGGCCACACCAUUCUCCACCCGCAUCAAAAAGACCCCCAACAGCAAAAAGAAGACCGGCUCCAGUAUUCUCAAGAGCACGCCUCUCCGGCGAUCGAACCUCCUCUAGCCUCCUGUGCUGACUGACUGCGGAUGCUAUUUGUGAAUUCUGUAAACACGUUUUUGUGCUCCUCUCAUAUCAACCUUUUUGAUUGGCUCAGCGUUUUAAUAAAAAGUCACUCAUUUCCAUUUUCCCCCCCCCCCAGUCCUCUCACAUUUCCAUCCAUCUGUGUGGUUUACGUGUUCUGCAACCAAGUUAAACACCAUCUUUAUUUGGAGCAGCAAAGACUUUAAAAUGCUGCCCAUCGAUAAAGGUGAUCCACUCAAAAAAAGAUGGGCAAGAUUCAGUUUCAUAGUUAAAGUAAAAGUACAGCUCAGUCACAUGAAGAAACAUGUACAUGUGCUGAAGAAGCUACUCGGAUCAGCGGAGAAACAUCUUCUCUAAACUCAACAAGUCCAGUUGCUUUUUUUAAAAACUGCUUUUUUGGACAUACCAUGACCUGGAUGACAGAGAACCUCCACAUGUACACGUCUACAUUUAUGUUCUCAAUGGAUUCAGAUGCCAAUGAUGAGGGCCAGUAUUGAAAUCUGUGACCAGGCUGUGCUGUGCUAGUUUAAUGGUUUUUGAAGUGUGUGAAAGGACUUAAGUGAUACCGCUUGUUGUCAUGGACACGACCACUGUGUAUAAUCUUCUGCACCAUCUCAAAGAGUGGACACAGUGUUGCACAGAAUAAUGUUCCUAGAACCAGCGCUAAAAAGCCCGAGGUUUCAAUCCCUCUGAAAUGUGGUGGGAUCUUUUAUGGAAGAGAGAAUGCUGAGCCAUGUGGAUGGCCGUGUUUAUACAAGAAGUUAUUUUGGCCAAUGUUAGUACUAAGGCCAAUGAUGUACUUUUACAAUGCAUAAUAAAUCUAUUGUAUUUUGUUGACUAAA